CGCGGUGGCGGAGGUGGUGGUGGUGGUGGUAGACGCUCGGUAACUACCGCGUUAGUUAAUCAAUGCAAUGAUGGCGAACCCUUACGGCAUAUUCCCGACCAUGCCGACCAAUAGUAGCACCACGCUAUUAUGUGCGCAGUGCAAGAAGUUCUUUACGUACAUGGACAGUGUGGUGCUGUGUGACGGGGCGUGCAAGCGGUGGUACCACAGCAAGUGUGCCAAGCUACCCGAGAACAAGUACCGCGUCAUUCAGGACCGGGACGAGAACAGGAGCCUGGGCCUCAAGUGCAUGUGGGCGUGCAAAGACUGCAGGGAUCGGCCAGACACAGGCAGGGACCCAGAAUUUGAGUCUUACGUCCGAGAGAGACUCGGAAAACUGAGCCAAGUAUUGGAAUAUCUGGUGACCAAAAUUCAAGAUAUCGAGAACAGACAGAAGAGUCAAGAAGUGGAGAUGAAUAAGUUCUGGCAGCAACAGCAGACCCACCGUUGCCAUGCAAGGGGCUGCCCUGCCCAGCCCAAGAACCUCACACAUCUUCCAAGACUAUGGCAAUCAGGGACACCAUUCUGGUCAACAACUUACAGCCAAUGCACAACAAACCACCCAAAGAUCAUAUCCAUGGAUUCACCCCAAUGGAGCACAAAAUUAUUCAUGAAGUUAAAUUAAAAAUGGACUCUGGUGCAGGCAAGCAGCAGGAGGUUGAGGGGCAUGAUGGCUUGCACCUCAUGAGGCCCCUGAUUGAUCCCAUCACUGGCCAGGAGAUGGAGGGCACACAGACACAAGAGACUGGUGAUGCCCUGUACAACUUCACCGGCAACUUUGCAGGAGCUUCAGCAGGAGCACAGGGGCAGGGUUCAUCAAAUGCAGGACUCAAAGAGGCCAUGGAGUGUCAUUAUGGUGACUGUAAGUGUAUCAAACAGGAAUCACAUGGUGAAGCUUCAGUACCCAAACCAUGUUCUGGUAAACAUUGUAAUUGCACUUGUAAAACACACAAAAUUGUAAUGGCAACUAAAAAGGAAAAUGUUGGUAAAAUUCACAAAUGCCCUCACUGUGACUUCACCAGCAAGCGGUCAGAUAAUGUCAAGCGACACAUGUUGCGACACACAGGAGAGAGACCUCACAAGUGCCCCCACUGUGACUUCAGUGCCAAGAGACCGCACUCCCUCAAAAAACACAUUGAAAAUAUUCACAACAAAGAUCUCAGAGGACAUGAACUUAUUGACAGCAUCCAUAAUAAGGAUCUCAGAGCUCAUGGCCUGGUUGAAGAUAUUCACAACAAGGAUCUUAGAGCAGAUGGUAUUGUUAGAUAAAAUGUACUUUGUGUUCAAGUUUUCAUACACUAUAAUGUAGAAAGCAUUAGACCAAAAUUCAGAAGAAUAAUUGAACUCCAUAUUAAAUGUAGUGAAUGGAGAUAUAAGCUGUCUUAAAAGUAAAGAAGAACCCAGUUUGAUCAAUUUCAUGUGACUCUGAUUCCAGUUUUGCAGCUCAGGAUAUAUUGGGAUUUUUUUGUAUUUUUUAUUUAUUUAUUUUUUUUUACGUUAAUUUUUACAGCAUGUUCUUUUCUGUAUUGAUUUUAUGCCUUGCACUGACACAGUUAAGGCACAACCUAAAUUCUUAGCAAUCAUUAUGAUAUGUCAUAGAGAUCCAUUCAUUCACUUCACUGUUUUGUUGUCCACACACAUCCUUAUUAUUCAGGCUAUCUUUAGUUUGCUGAAUCAUAUUACAAACAUACUUGCUUACCUCUAAAUUAUUGGAAAGGUCAAUCAACAUUAAUUUUCAUUCAGGUGUUCAAAAUUUGAGAUGGUGAGUUAGGUUCACAUAUCUAUGUCUUCCUUUGGAUUUCUGUGAAACCAUUAUAUCUUAUGCCUAAGGUAUUCAUAUUUAUGAAACAAUUUAAAAUGUACAUAAUAGUUCAUACAUCAUCAUCAUCAUCAGCAGCAGCAGCAGUUGCAGGACAAAGUCCUCUCCCUUUCUCGUCCUCAUUUUUUGCCUUUUAUUUGUGUUAUAUCGUGAGUGAAGUUAAAUUAUUUCUUGUUUCUUUGGUGAGGUGUACGUGUGUGUAAUCAUUCAGGGAGGACAACAAAAAUUCUUAUCAUGAAAUACUUUCAGGUAAACAUGUGUGAGUGUUGAAUGAAUGCUCUACAUGUUAAUUCCACACAAUGAUUUAUUCAACACAAAUUCUUCAUCAUUACAGUUGAAUAAUUUUCUGUAUUAUAAGUUUUGGUUUCAUUAUUAAAUGUGUGUGUGUGUGUAUGGAGAGAGAGAGAGAGAGAGAGAGAGAGAGAGAGAGAGAGAGAGAGAGAGAGAGAGAGAGAGAGAGAGAGAGAGAGAGAGACCCUUGAUUUGAAGCAAAUUAUUGGACAGGUGAGGCAUAUAAAACCAGGUAUUUGUGUUAGAAUUUGGUUUUAUAUAUAUGUACAUAUCUAUUUUGACCUACUUUUGGUGUUAGCUGGAUUUUUUCAAAUUUGUACUUGCUGUAGUCAUUGCUUCUAGGCCAAGACAUAAGUGAAGGAGGCAAGGACAGUUGGCAGCUGAGGCCCAUAUGGACCCAGACUGUGUGUAAUUUUGAAAAUCUUUCUAAAUGUUGGAAGUAAGUCAGAAAGAGAUAUAUCCUUAAAAACUUUUCUAGAUUUAAUCACUGUUCUUCUUUUCUCUUCUCAACCCUGCCUAGGCUGAGAAGCAAUGGCUGCAAUGCACAAAUUAGGAAAUUUAUACCAAGAGUGAGUCAAAGCAAGCAUACGUAGACACCUUACCAGUUAAAUCUUUAUCCCAGAUAAUUAUAUUAUGUAGUUCAUUGGGUGAUGUUGCUACAUUCAGUAUAUAUUUACUUGUUCUACAAUUCCUUUAUCUUUGCAAGGAUGAGCUACUUUUCUGAGGAAUAUUGUCAUAUUUACUCUUUCAUCUUCAAUGAAUCCAUUAUCAUUUGUAAGAAGUAAAAAGGAAACUGUCCUUGUAAAUUUUAUAAGAUUAGAAGAUAUGCAAAUCUUAAUAAUCAUUUUUCACAUUUCAAGUCUAACAUUAGAACUUCACCAAAUUAAUAAAAGUUAUUGUGACUUGCAUCAGGCACACCAUGAAAUUAUCUUUUAAAUGUUUAUUGAAAUACUGCACAGUAUUAUAUUACUGUACCUCUCAGGUUAUUAACUGCUUUUUCCUCCCUCCCCUCCAGUAUGGUUACCUUUACUUAAAUCUGAUUUAUUUCCCUUAGUAAUGAACAAGUCAACCAGUUUUUCAGUCAUGAACUUUGGAAUAAUUUUGCUUUGUUCUGCUUUUCCACCAUCAUGAGGCUUUGAGCAGCAUUUAGUGUUUUUUCUUUGAGUUUUGAUAUAUAGUCUUUGGCCAGUCUUCUUUUUUCAUAAAAAGAAUAAUACUAAAAUAAACAUAAAUAAUAAUAAUAAAUAAAUACUGAUGUACAGCACCACAGCAUAGAUAUCACCUGACCCUCAGGAUUUGCAAGCCAGUUUGAUGAAAUCAAAUGAAUAACCACUUAAGUGAAACUUGUUUGAUGAAAUCAAAUGAAUAACCACUUAAGUGAAACUUUAAAUGUAUACUGUAGACAGAUUGUUACAAUUAGGCAGUAACUUUUUCAGCAAGAUAAUGAACUAGACAUCACAUUCAUAACCAUUCAAGCACAUACAUCAAGUUUUAUCCAGAGAAAGAGGAGGUACUAUUACAUUUAACUGUGUAAGCCUUGUGGUAGUUGAUCUUAUGAACUGCAAAACUUGAAACAGGGCUUCUCUUUGGAUUUGGGAUAUUUUUUUUAUUAUUCAAAUAUUUUGUUUUGUAUAUUUUACUUUAUUUUUUAUUUUUAUCUCAAAAUCUGAUUCAUUAUAUGAAGGUUGUUUUUAAGUACUAGCUUAUUUCUUCAUGGCAAGUAGCUUACUUCUUUAUAACAUUUUUUGGAAUGUACAUAUAAUAAUAAGAGAUUUAAAAGCUAAAGAAGCCAAGCCAUUCUUUGCAGGUCUUCAAAGAAAAGGCUAUGCUACUUCAGAGUGAAUCUCAGAAUUAUAGGAAAACGUGCAGCUUUUGAUUUCUAUGAAGACUUGCUUUCAAUGAGAAUACAUGUUAAUACCUAUAUUAAGUAGAUUGUUGUGUAUAAUUUUUACAUAGAAGAUUUUAACAAGUUUGUAAUAUUUGUAAAGUUUCUUAAAAUCCCGGUUAUGUGAUUACGGAUAUGCAUCUGUUACUAUUAAAUUUAAGUUUUAUGGGUUUGGACAACACAUGUGUCCAAAUAAGGGAGAUGAAUUCUGAUUGAGAGCAUUUUCCUAGUUUUCUGUCCAUCUCAGCUUGACCUUGCUGCACCUCUAGGUCUUGGAGAGGUACUUGGUCCCAGUGGGGCCAUAACAAGUACAAAACUCAGUCUUUACAUAGGUAAAUAUCUUUGUUAGUAGAAUUAUUUUAUGGUUAGUUUUUAUAGCUAUUGAGCAGCAUAAGAGAAAUAUUCUUUAUUGCCAUACAUUUAAUUGAAUAUUUAAAAUAAGCUGGAGGUGAAGACCAAGCUGACCACUCACAUAGUAAAUUUAUCCAACUUCUUCAUUUAGUAGCUUGCUGAGCACACAUUUAUUUGUUGAUAAAAUACCAAAAGGAGGAAUUAUUCAUAAAUAUUUGAUUGUGGAUCUUUCUUACACACACACACACACACACACACACACACACACACACACACACACACACACACACACACACACACACACACACACUGCUACUGUGGGAUCUUAUUAUAUAAAGGCAUUAGAUAAUGAACACUUGUUUGUGUGUUAAAAAAAUAAUAAUUGAUGCCUCCCUGCCAAAAGAAAAGGCCAUUUUGUCAAUUAAGUACUGAAAUGUAGAUGGUAUUAAACUGUACACCCUAGUGUAACUACAUGUGACUGCAGAAUCAUGAGUAUAAAAUGAGCGUUGUGGUUGAGAAGGUAAGAGAAAACAGUAUGCAGUGGAAUGGCUAUUAGCAUUCAUGUAUGUGCAGCAUUUUGCAGUGUCAUAUGCAAAGUAACAUUUCAAGCCCUUCCAGAUUCAUGCAGGUACAGAACAUUGGCAAGGUCAUUUGGAUGGUUUUCACCUUAAAAAGUCAACACUGAAUAAUAUUGGAUCAUAAUCAAGUUGCAUUACAACAAAUACAUGGGCUAUACUGGCUUAGUGUUACCUAUGCUGUAAUAAGUGUAGCCCUAUGUGGUUAUUGCUUACAAUGAAACAAGACCCAAAAUAUAAAUUUAUAUGAUUAAAUGGUUAGUGCAUGAAGAUGCCAUAUGAAAAGUAAUGUUUUGGAAUAUGCAUGAUGUCACAGCAGCCUUGAUGCUCUUGCUUGGAGCUAUCUAGCACUAGUUGCUAAUCAUUUAUCAAGGUUGGUUCUAGUUCUGUUAUUCAUUCUUAUUUUUGCAGUUUUGGCUGAAUAUUGUGGCCUUUGGUUUUGAUAUUGCCUCUUCCAGUUGCACAAGAUAGAUCAGAUAAUUGCUAUGGAGGCAUGUCACAGAAUCAAGAAAAUUAGGUAGUUGGUGUAUCAAAGUCAGGAGGGUGACAGUGGUGUUUGCUUUUAUAGGAAGAAAAUGCAGCCAGUGCUCAUUAUUUCCAGAUUCAACAUUCAUGGUUUCAGUCGUAGAUUGGCACCAGGUGGCAAACCUAUGGGGAUUAGAUUUUUCACAGCAAUUCAAAUCUCGUGCACAGUGCAUCUCACCCUCCCCCCCCUCACCCUAGCAUACACUACCUGUCACACCAGUCCCCCCCCCCCUCUCUCUCUCUCUCUCUCUCUCUCUCUCUCUCUCUCUCUCUCUCUCUCUCUCUCUCUCUCUCUCUCUCUCUCUCUCUCUCUCUCUCUCUCUCUCUCUCUCUCACCAACCCACAUUUUCUCCUCUGUCUGGCAGUGUUAUUAGUUUCGCACAUUUUUGGCAACCAUUUGUGUAGAUUUCCCACUGCUGUCUAGCUGCCCCUUUUUUCAUGGCCCACAACCCUUGCUGUGAUAAUUUUCUUGUUAAUAUCAUCAUAUUUUUUCUGUGACCUCUAAGAGACCUAAGACACAUGUUGGAGAUACACUCAAGUGAUACACUCGUGUGUAAAGAAGGUACCAAGUCUAGAAAAAGUGGAGUUUUUAAAUAAGAUUAAAGAAGGGAGGCUGAAGGGUAGUGUGAUAGCAGUGGUAACACAGCCUUGGCACUUGGCAGUCAUGUUGGUGAUACCAAGGACUAUAGGGGAUGAAGCAGGAGGCUACACCAUAUUAAACUCUAUUUUACUUCCUUUUAAUGAAUAUUAAAUAAAGUACAUAGGAUUUUUCUUUACUUAAAUGAGGCCAUGGGAGGUCAGGAAUGUUCUUAAGGGGGCAUACCACUAAAGAGGAGAUCAGUUUUUAAGGGAUGCACUAAUUAUUCAUGAAUUUUCAUUAUUCACAGAUAACUCUGUUACCUAACCCCUGCAUAUGUCAAGGGCUGGCUGCAGUGGUUUGCCACCCAUGCCUAGGGAAAGCUCUAGAUGAUCACAAACUCCUUUGAAAAUGAUAAGGCAGUCUUGGUAAUCUGUCCUGUGAGUGACAGCAAGACAAAUGAAAGAAAAUCUGAGAUGUUUAUUGAGGUGUCUUUGAGAAUGAGUGGAAAAUCAUUAUUUUGUUUUUGAUGACACAUCUUGGCCACAGUAUCGACUUUGCUGUUGUUUUAUCAUCCUAUUCAAUUGUUUCUUUUGUUUCAUGACAUGCUUCCUUCAGUGUAAUUAUCUGGAUAAUCUUGUUUGUGCAGUUUUGAUUGAUAGAGGCCAUACUAAACCAACAAAGCCAGGCCAUAAUUCUAUCUGAAUUCAGACAGACAUAUGCAGAGCGGGGACAACACAGAACCAAGUUACCUUGGUGGAUGCCUGCAAGCCAGUAACAUGCAAGCUAGUUCCAAGUGAGAAUUGAGGCUGCCAUGAUGUCAGUGAAAUGCUGAAAUUUUAUCUCACAUAUUAUUAAACAAUAAAAUUAACUAAUUUGCCAUAAUGUCACUGUCAAGAAUAAAAUUUACUAAAUUUGCCAUAAAAUCCUGGUGCUUUCACCAGCACAUUUUAUCUUUAUUGAACUUUGUAUUUAUAAAGAUACACUAUUCUCUCUAAAGAUAUUAAGAUAUAUAUCAGAUAUAAAAUUGUUUAAGUUAGGUGGUAUUCGUUAGACACUUGGUGCCACUUCAAAAUGCCACUAGUGAUACCUUUUUGCAGAUGAGACUUUUUGCUUUAAUUGAUAGUUGUGGAAUUAAUUUAAUGAAUUUGCACAAAUAAUUUUUAACAAAAGUCGAAGAAAUGACCAGCCAUGACAAACUAGAAAUGUUCCACCCCUCCACAAAAAAACAAUAUUGUAAAUCAACUAUCAAUUAUUGAUACUGUUCAGUGUUACAUUUUCAAGUUAUAUAAUUAUAAAAAAAAUCUUAUUUUAAAAACACCAUUUAAGAAUAGAUCUUAUCUAUAUUAACUUGAGCUGAUAACAUGGAAACAUGCAUUUGCAUUUCAGAGGUGACUUAAGGCAUUCAUAAAUCUCAUUGUAUUACCUGCACCAGUUAACAGUCUUCAAGGGUCAUGAAUCAAUGGGUGAAUGUGUCAUUUAGUUGUGUAACUUGGGCUACCUAUUUGACCUUUCAUUUCUUAGUAAAAAACAGCACAACAUAUGUUAGGGAUUGGACAGUGGAGGAAGUGCAAACACUGAAUAGGUGCACAUCCUGGCUUAUGCGAGCUUGCAUGCUUGCUCACUCACUAACUUACACACACACACACACACACACACACACAUAUUAACACAUUAUUUAUACUGGGCAAUAAGUUUGAUCACUAAGUUCAUCAUGUAAUAGUAACAUGUUAGGGAGAAAAGUCUUGCUUUUCAUGUGAUUCUUCUAAAUCAAGAAAUUCUGUCUUAUCUCCAUCCACAUCUGAGAGGCUUUAUCCACCACUGUAGACUUGCCUCAAGGAGAUGGCCUAGACAGAAAAUGCUCUAUCUCUCCUUGUUCUGUUUAUUAAUUUUAAUGAAUUCAUAAUUAGUGCUUACAAACAAAGCAUAACUACAAUUGGAUCUCUCAAGAGUGCAUGUUAGCAUGUUAGAGCAAAUUGACACCAGAUAUCUGCUAGGUUGACUGAAAGCCAUGCAUUGUUUUAAAUAAAUGAUAUUGGGACUUGGGUACAUAUGGACUGGCCAUGUGGAAUGUGACAAUAUAGUUGUGUGUGUGGCUGGAGAGUCAGGAAGUGUCCUUGCUUGCUUGUCCUACAGAUUUCCUGAGAAAGGAUUGCAGAAAUAAUACAGUUGAUACUGAAAUGUUAAAGAAGGCUCAAAGUUUUGAGACGGAGUCUUCUAGGUGUAGUUAAAGUAGUGACAAGUGGUUAACAUAACAGCAUAGCUUUUAUGCAUUUCUCAAUGACAAGUAAACAGAAGAUCAUAAUAUUCCAUUCCACAUUCUACUGAGCUAAAGUUGGAUAUGUGGCCAUUCACAUUAAUGAUAGUGGUAGAAGGAAUAAUACCACAUAAUAUGGUAUUGUUGUUCUGUCAUGAAGACUGUGAGUAGACACGGAAGUAGGGACAAGAUACAAGCUAAUGUAGCUGGCAGAAACGAUGGCUACUUAAGGCCUGUCCACACUAUUGGACAGUGCUCGACAAGCAAACAGUUACCAUAUAUCCCAUUUCAAUACACAAGCUGAGAGGGAGUGGCAGGCAAGGAAGUGACGUCAGAAGUGUGGAAACGAUCACAUGAUGAGACUACACUUGCAUCUUGCCAUCCACCUACUAAACGACCUGAACUGCCAGACUGAACCACAUCUCAAGUGGUGUAGAGUAGUUUACUACAGGCAUACUGCCCAGUAAGGGCAGAGCCAGAUGGUCUCUGGCAGCACUGCUUCAUAGGUGAGAAACACACUCAGCAAGCAGUGCCCAUAGUGUGGACAGACCUUUAGCUGCAAAACUUCCAUACUCUACAGUUUUCAGUAAGAUCCUAAUUCUCCUUGGUGUAAUGAACUGUAGUUGCCUCUGAUUGUGUGCUGAGAGUUGUUAUGGUUAUUCCUUGUUGUCACCCUGGUCAAAUAUCCCAGCUGUGCAGCUCUCUACUUACCACCACAAAAAGCUGGAGGACCUCUACCUGUUAAUAAGCUUUCUCCUCACUGGUAUUGCCAUUAUCACACUUGGUACCAUUUUCUGGACCAUGAUUGACUGUUGUAGUAAGAUUUGGAAGGUCAGAAAUUUCUUCCAUGACUUUUGCAUAUCCUUCUAUGAUGAGUAACUGUUUCCUAGGGAAAGGAUACCAGGCACAAUGGUGGCAGUACCAGUGACGGGGAAGGAGUAUGUUCAAUAUUAAGUCUUUACUUAAUAAAUAUGUUAUCAAAGUGGUGGUAGGCAGCAAUUGAUAUUUUUUUUUUUUAACACUUGCAACAUGCCCAGUAACCAUGAUUAGCAGAUUUAUCUCCAUGGUAAACAAUGCAGUUUUACAGUAAGCAGUUGAAUGGGUGAGGUGCUAGAGGGGCAAGUUUGUGGUAGGAAGAACGUCACAGUACUCUUCCUUCUCCCAAACUAAAGGUUUCUUGAGAAGUACUCAUAAUGGGUGGUUCUCAAUCCUUUUACCUGGAGGCAAAUAUUGAAAUGUUUCUAUCACAGCUUUUCCCCAUGGUAGGUAAUUUACUCAAUUCUUACAACAAAAGAUAAAUUUUCAGUGUUUUUUCUAAAAUGCCACAAGUCAUGGCAGCUCUAUACAUUAAUGCUGAACUUGAUGCAUUGUCAUGGAGCACAUAAAAAGUUAUUCAUGCUACUUAUAACCCCUUUCAAGAUCAACUCUACAGCCAUUUUCCUUUCCUUGCUUAUAUCACCACUACUACUUAUGCCUGUUACCCUUGUCUCAAACUAUAUCUGACAGCAGUAGAAGGGGAAGUGCCCAACAUAGCCUUACUUCCAAAAUGAAAAUUGUGUGCCAUCACAUGGCUCACUCACAUGACCAUUCUUAGAGUGCAGCACUUGGUACCCCUGUCCUCUAUAAUCAUGUCCCAUCACCAUUUUGUAAACACGACAUGGCAUCUUGAUUAUUCUCAUCUCUUAUUUUAUCCAUGUGAAUCUUCUUAAAAACUGGGAGGCUAUUAGUGUAUCUGGGAUGUUCUCAUGCAGCCAACAUAAAACUUAGUACAUGAAGUGCUCAUACCACACAUUCUAAAAUUUGUCCCAUGAACCUACAAACAUCUGAAAUUUUAAAUUGUCAUGUGAAGAAUGAUUAUGUAAUCCAAACUGUGUGUGUGUGUGUGUGUGUGUGUGUGUGUGUGUGUGUGUGUGUGUGUGUGUGUGUGUGUGUGUGUGUGUGUGUGCCUUCAUAUAUUGCAAAUGAAUAUUAAUUUCGAUUUGACAUUGUGUAAAUGCUCUCAGGUAAUGUUUUCCAGGUGAUAAAAGAAAAAGUCUGUUAGACACAGAACUAAAUCAUGUGACUGAGGAUUACUUUCCAACAUCCAAAGGUUUCAAUAUUAAGAUAAAAUGCAUCUUACAUUUUUGUCAAAACUGAAGUAAAACCAAAUUCUUACAUUUUCAUAAAUUCUGUGGUUGUUACAUCUAAGGCUUCUGUAUUUUAUAGAAAUUAUACUUCAGAAAAUGAAGCAUAUAGGUAGGAAAACAGGUGUACAUUUAUAGCACUUCUUAGAGAACAUUUUAUAGUUUGAGUAUUUUGUUACUUUUCAUAACCUGGGCAUGACAAGUUGAAUAUUUGGAGAAAGAUGUUUGUGUGGAUGGAUAUGAAUGUUUGCUUGUAUGUAUGUAGUCUUCUCAGCAAAGCUGAAAAUACUUUUUUUUUUUUUUUUUUUUUUUUUUAAUAAAUUUAUACCUGUAUGUAGUCAAUAUUUGGUUGCACAACUUUUGAACAUACAUGUUUAGUAGCCAAGUCAGAGCAUCAAUUGUUACAACAUGUUUAGUUUUUAUAUACAAAAUAUUUCAAGGGUAGUAUGAUCCACCUUCCUCAUAUGGCAUGAACUUUGAAUUUCAGCAUUAAAUGCAUAUACAUACUGUAUAAGCCUCUAAUUUCUGUGUAAGUCAGCCCUCCAAAUAAAUAAUAUCUAAUG